AUGUUGGUCAGCGCUUGGCUCAACACUAGCAAGGAUCCGAUUACUUCCAACCAGCAAAGACUUGCAUCCUUUUGGGGGAGUGUUGCGAAAUACUUUGCAUCCUGUCUGAAUGCUGUUGGUCGGCCAAAGAGAGAGGCGAGUCACUGUAAGCAGAGGUGGGGGAGGAUAAACGACUUGGUGUGCAAGUUCGUUGGAUGUUAUGAGGCUGCGACUAGGGAGAAGUCUAGUGGACAGAGUGAAGAUGAUGUGAUGAAGUUAGCACAUGGGAUAUACUUUAAUGAUCAUGGACAUAGGUUUACAUUGGAGCAUGCAUGGCUUGUCUUAAGAUACGAUCAAAAAUGGUGUGCCUUUACAUCUAUUAAAGCUAAUGGAGUGAAAAGGGGAAGAGCGAGUAUUGAUGGGUCUGAACAGGAUGCACACCAUCCGAUUGAUGUGGAUGAACCAUUGCCCCGUCCAAAAGGUGUUAAGGCUGCCAAGGGGAAGUCCAAAAAAAGCUCUAACACCCAACUGAUUGAUGUGGAGGAAGAUGGGAAAGCUUACUUGGAGUUUCAGUUGGAUCGAAUUUCGAAGAUGUAUGAGAUGAAGCAGAAGGACUUUGAAUUGAAAGAGAAGGAGUUCGCUAUGAAGAAGGAGCAUAUCAAGCAUGUGAUGCUUGAAAAUCUGAUUGAUAAAAAGGAUUCACUCACUGAAUCAGAAAAAGCUCUUAAGGAGAAGCUAAUUGAUGACAUGAUGUCAUCAGGUUGA